CUCAACACUGACUCGUGUAUCUAACCGUGUGUCGCUUCACAGUGUUGGGCUUGUGUCAGUUUGAAUUCAGAUCUAAGAUUCAGAGAUCCUGGUGUUUCUAUGAUCUCUGAGUCACCUCACAGCAUCAAUGGCUGAUAAUGUACAACAUGCUGUCAAUAAUGUGUCAAAUGAAGGCGCUAAGCCCAACCGGCACACUGAGGUGGGCAGUGCAGGAGGUCCCGGCCGGAAUGAAGUGGAGCUUAACGGACAGCCACCAACCGCACGACCCCCUCAGGUGGUCACUGACAGCGAGGAAGACGAGGAUGAGGAGCUGACUCUCAAAUAUGGAGCUAAACAUGUUAUUAUGCUGUUUAUUCCUGUCACACUGUGUAUGGUGGUGGUCGUGGCAACAAUCAAAUCAGUCAGUUUCUACACGCAGAAGGACGGACAACAGCUGAUCUACACACCCUUCCGUGAAGACACAGAGACGGUGGGUCAGCGCGCUCUGAACUCCAUGCUCAACGCCACCAUCAUGAUCAGUGUGAUCGUGGUCAUGACACUCGUUCUGGUGGUGCUCUACAAGUACAGAUGCUACAAGGUGAUUCAAGGGUGGCUGUUCUUCUCCAACCUUCUCCUCCUCUUCUUUUUCUCCUUCAUUUAUUUGGGGGAAGUGUUCAAGACGUACAAUGUGGCCAUGGACUACUUGACCUUAGCAUUGAUCAUCUGGAACUUUGGCGUGGUGGGAAUGAUCUGUAUCCACUGGAAGGGUCCACUGCGGCUCCAGCAGGCGUAUCUCAUCAUGAUCAGCGCUCUCAUGGCUCUGGUCUUCAUCAAGUACCUUCCCGAGUGGACUGCCUGGCUCAUCUUGGCUGCUAUAUCUGUCUAUGAUCUGUUGGCUGUGUUGUGCCCAAAAGGACCUCUGCGUAUUCUCGUUGAAACUGCUCAAGAGAGGAAUGAACCUAUUUUCCCAGCCCUCAUCUACUCUUCAACCAUGGUGUGGCUGUUUAAUAUGGCUGAUAAUGGUGAGACCACGAAUAAUUCAGCCCAUUCAGUUCCUCAACAGGACAACGAAGUGGCCAUGGCACCCACAGCUCAGCCGGAGGAUGACGGCGGUUUCACACCAGCAUGGGUGGAUCAUCAGCAGCAUCAGCUGGGUCCGAUGCAGUCCACAGAUGAGAGCAGACGAGAGAUCCAGCAGAUGCCCUCUGAACGGCCACCACCUGUGGAUGAUGAUGAAGAGAGGGGUGUGAAACUGGGUUUGGGAGAUUUCAUCUUUUACAGUAUGCUUGUUGGUAAAGCAUCAGCCACAGCCAGUGGUGACUGGAACACAACGCUAGCCUGCUUUGUCGCCAUUCUCAUCGGUUUGUGUCUAACUCUACUCCUCCUGGCGAUCUUCAAGAAGGCUCUUCCAGCUCUCCCCAUCUCCAUCACCUUCGGCCUGGUGUUCUACUUCGCCACUGAUAACUUGGUGCGUCCGUUCAUGGAUCAGCUGGCUGUCCAUCAGUUCUACAUUUAGCACAGAGAGGUCACUUCUCAUGCACUCCACUCUACUGCUCAUUCCCAGAACCCUCUUGAAGGGAAGCACCUUUCCUCUUCCUCUGGACACGUGACUGGACUCGCCAUUCCUGGCAUUGAAUAAUCGCUUUACAAUUGCAGUGCCUCUCCAGUGACUGAACAGAACCUGAUAUUCGCUUUCAUCACAUCUUUGGUCGGUAGGCCGAAUAUUUCUUUGCUCAGAGAUAAAGCAAAGGCUAUCUACGGUAAGUGGAUGGUAGUGAUUAUGACUUCAUCUCUUAAUUAUGAGUUUGUUGAACUCUAUUUUGCGGAAUGGGACCAGAGCUUGCUUUACUCACCAAAUCUUGGAUUCACUUUCUUGACAUGUUAAUUCCAAUAUAGCAAGCAUUAACGUAAAGCUCUGAAUGAUAUGGCUUCGUAAACGGAGGUAGGUACUAUUUAAUUUUUGGUCUUUUUAAGGUGCCUGUGAGCAUGGUUUGAGUUUUAAGUCCAACCAUGUUUAUUUGGGAAGAUGUCACAUGUUGGCUUGUUUUAGUUCACGCUAACAUUAAAUAAAGUGCUGUUAAAGCUACUGUUUUGCAGGAAAGUGCGGGAGCGUGAUUUUGGAAUGUACCAUAAACUCUUAAGUCCUAAAUAUGUCCAUAAUGUUCAUCUCUGCACAAAAUGUCAGGAGACAGUGCAGAAACUGUUUGUUCAUAUUUUUGUUGCUGUUUUACCAGCAAAACGGUUGAUUACUGACUUUUAGCUUACUUUUUUCGUAGUACCCACACCUUUUGUCAUUUUAAGAAAAUGCAAACAAUUUUGUAUCGAAAGAUUCACAAAUAAAGGGGUUGCUCAUUUGAGCAAAUUUCA